AUGGUCGUCCCGAAAUACCGCAAAUGGCUGGAGGAGGCCUCCAAGAUUGGAGGAAUGAAUACACACUGCGAACGUUCCUCCAGCGAGCUCUCCGGCACGUCCUCCGAUGGGGAGAAGUUGGAGCUGUUCAGUGACUCAUUCUUUGCCGUCCACGGCUCGUUGAGCUAUCAACUCGCGAGUUGCACUGGGACAACGACAAAGGAUAUCGUGUUAUUACAAGAGAAUUGUUUUCGAAUGCGGACGUUGAUGGAACUCAUCGGGCCUGGAAGCUCAUUCCCAAGGAAAAGAAACGAUGAACGGGUCACAGAACGCAAACGCGAAGAGAAGGAUGAUGACGAGAUGAGCGUCAGGCGACUGAAGAGUAGUGCGAGUGUCGACAGUGGUUUCGACCCAACGGUGCAGUCAACUCCAGAGACAUUGCAUUGCGACAACGCAGCAUGGACAGUGUUUGGCCUGGCGUACAGUCAUCAACUCGAGAAAGUCGACGCCCUGCCACACCGCAGGAAAAGAGUACGAAAAUGA